GCCUGUGCUUGGCUCCGCGUCUCAUCCGUGGUUGUGUAUAUAGGUAUAACUGCGGCCGCUCCCGCCGCAGGGACCGGCCCCGAUGCCCUGCUGUUGCCCAGGGCGCAUCCAUCCUGUCCACCUUUUCUUCUUUUGCAAUGAUGCACCGUCUGCUACGAGCCCUCGUGCUGGCACUGCCCCUGGCCCCGAGCCUCGCGCACGCCGAGCCUGCCGCACCCCGCCGCUUCCCCCGCCGCGACGUGGCCGACGACUCCGGCGGCGCUCCUAAGCGGUUCGUGGUCGAGGCGGCAGCGGGCGUCUCGCUCGACAGCCUCGGCCGGCAGCUCGCCGCGGCCGGCGCGCGGGUCGUCAAGACGUUCGACUCGGACGUCUUUUCGGGCCUGACGGUCGAGACGACGACGGGCGCGCAGCACGGCGUCGAGGGCUUGCUGCGGCGGCUCGGGGUGGACCAUGUGGUGGUGGGCGCGUGGCCGGUGCAGAAGAUCCCGCUGCCGUCGACGGUCGCCGAGGACGAGGGCGUGUCGCUGGCGUCGCUUGGCGAGGGCGCGGCGGCGCAGAACUGGUCGAUUCACCACUCGACGGGCGUUGAUGAGUUGCACAAGGCGGGUUUCUUGGGCAAGGGCGUCAAGGUCGCUGUUAUCGACUCGGGGGUUGACUACCGCCAUCCUGCUCUUGGAGGAGGGUUCGGGCCGGGAUUCAAGGUGUCUGGAGGUUAUGACCUGGUGGGAGAUGAAUAUGACGGCACCAACCCCAAAAAGCCAGACGGCGAUCCCAUGGACUUUCUCGGCCACGGCACUCAUGUUUCCGGCAUUAUUGCUGGCAAGAACGAAUUUUUCGCUGGCGUAGCUCCAGAAGCAGAGAUUCUCUCCUUCAAGGUCUUUGGCGCUGUUGAAGCCACCGACGAAGACACGCUCGUGGAAGCCACAUUGAUGGCCUACGAAGCAGGGGCCGACAUCAUCACAGCAAGCAUCGGCCGGGCAUCCGGGUUCGCCGACGGGGCGUGGGCCACGGUGGCGUCGCGCAUCGUCGGGCGCGGCGUCGUCGUCGUCAUCGCGGCCGGCAACGACGGCGAUGAGGGCCCCAUGUACGCUAGCAGCGGCUCGUCGGGCCGCGACGUGCUGGCCGUGGCCGCCGUCGACACCAGCCUCGUCCCCGCCAAGCCGUGGCGCGCCACGUUCUCGACGGCCGACAACCAGACUCGCACGAUGCAGAUGGCCUACAUGCCGCCCGUCAACCGCCCGCUGUGGAAUCUCAGCGGAGUGACCAUCCGGCCCCUCAGUCUCGACACGGCCAACCCGUCCGAUGGCUGCGGCGCUCUGCCCGCCGACAUGCCCGACCUGUCUGGCGUCAUCGUGCUGGUUCGCCGCAGCCUCGCGUGCAGCUACUACGACGUCCAGGCCAACGUGGAAAAGUUUGGGGCGCGCGCCGUACUGUUCUACAACAACGACCGCCGACCCUUUGCGCACGUCGUCAACUCGGCUUACAAGUCCCAGCUCGCCAUGAUUGACGCCCAGGCCGGCGCUGCCAUUAUCGAGGUGGUCAAAGCCGGCGGGAGUGUCACGGCCGACUUCACUCCUCCACAGGACGACAACUGGGCCGUCGGGUUUCGCGACAGCCCCGUCGGUGGCAUCCCGUCGACCUACAGCAGUUGGGGUGGCACCAACGACCUGGGCAUCAAGCCCGACGUGGCGGCGCCCGGCAGCCGCAUCUGGAGCACUUUUCUCAACGGCACCUUCAAGACGCUCAGCGGCACCUCGAUGGCGACGCCGUACCUGGCGGGCGUGGCGGCGCUGUACAUUGGCGCGCACGGCGGGCGACAGGUGCACGGGCCGGGCUUCGCGCGCGCCUUGUCCCGGCGGCUCAUCGCGAGCGGCGCGUCCCUGCCGUGGCAGGUCAUGGAGGUGGUGGAGCUGCCCGUCGACUUUGGCUUCCUCGCGCCCGUGCCGCAGGCCGGGUCCGGUCUCGUCAACGCCACCAGGGUGCUGGCCCAGACGACGACGCUGGCCCACGAGCCGCUGGCCCUCAACGACACGGCAAACUUUAGGCCCGCGCACGCCGUCGACAUUACAAAUGGCGGGAGUGAGCCGGUGUCUUAUACCUUCUCGCUGCUUCCCGCGGGUGGGUUCAACCUGCAGGGGCGCACCACGGGCUUCCUGGCCGAUGUCCUGGACGUGAAGCCCUUUGCGCUUGCCCCGCGGGUCGACUUUCCGACUGCGCCGUUUGUGGUGGCGCCAGGAGAGACGAGGAGAGCAGACCUUGUCUUUACCGCGCCACAGGCUGCCGACCAAUCCAAGCUACCCGUCUACAGUGGCAAGGUGGCCAUCACGGGAAGCAACGGUGACGUCUUGGGGGUCCCGUACUACGGCGCCGCCUUUGACCUGCGCCAGCAGACCCAGGGCAGGAUGUUCCCGCCAUCCUAUCCGUUCCAGCGCUCGGGGCCGCGGGGGCAGGACAUUGACGUGUACAAUACGUACUCGUUCAACCUAAGCCGCGCCGCCCAGGACUUUCCCAAGGUGCACGCCAUGUUUUUCUGGGGCGUGCGGGAGCUGCGAUGGGAUAUCUUCAACCCCAGCUACAACGAGAGCCAGUGGACGUAUCCCCCCGUCGUCGGCCAAAACGGCUACGUCGGCUCGGCCACCUAUUCCACAUACGCCUCCUCCCGGGCCACCUUCGACCCCGCCACCAUGGACAAGGACCGCGUGCUGCCGUUCCCUGCGACGCUGCUGGAGCGCACCACGUCGUGGAGUCAGGUUGGCAGGCGCUUCUGGUGGCUGGGCCGGUUCGCCAACGGGUCCGACGUGGCGCCGGGCAGGUAUCGAAUGCGCUUCGCCGCCCUCGCCCCCAACGCCGACCCGGCGCGCCCCGAGAGCUGGACCGUGUGGAAGACGCCCGAGAUUUCUGUGGUGUAGCCAGCCGGUGCGGGCUUUGUCAAGCACAUGGCAGAGGAGAAAUUAUUUGGGUUCUCACGCCACAUUUUCACGUUCCCACUGUUGUUUUAACAAAUGCAAAUUGACGUCGCUAUGGACCUAGUCUAUUCAGUGGGUGCCUACAACGCUACUUGCUUCUGUUUAAAAGUGCGGUGUUUUGUUCUAAGCUAAUGCCCAAACGUUGGCUCAUCUCCUCUCCACCGACUCCUGUUCGAUCCAUUAUCAUCUGCUCGGUGCUCUGAAUCGGACCCUUGAUGGCUAAGUUGGGUUUCCCCUUGCCGGGUCUUGCUCCUGUCACUCGGCCAUGGCACCGGUUUCGGUUUCUCACGUCACAUUUCACGUUCCCACUGCUGUUUAAAUAAAUGCAAAUUGACGGCGCUAUGGACCUAGUCUCCUCGUACCAGCUUCUGGCCGCGCUGCGCGACCCUGUGGCAUGGGUAGACACGCAGUUCCGGCAGUGGGUGGCUACAACGCUACUUGUUCUAAGCUAAUGCCCAAAGGGCCGGGUCCUCCCCAAACGAUGGCUCAUCUCCUCUCCUGUUCAAUCCAUCAUCCGCUCGGUGCGCUGAAUCGGACCCUUGGUGGCCGAGUGCUGUUCAAGGGACAAGCCUUCCCGCAUGGGUGUGCUCUGGGCCUGGUGGUGGUCCCGAGCACAGUAGGGCAAGUCCCUGUUCCUCUGCGUGUAGCCGCAGCGUAGGCAGUAGCUGUGGAAGGUCUUUAGCGAGGGCGUCCAAAUGCAG